AUUUUUGACUGGUACAACAUCAAUUUCUCAAUAUAUUUAGUUAACUAUUUCAAAAAAAGAUCAAUGAUAGCUUUUUGAGAUGAGGAUGAGUCUAAAAUGCAAAUAAACUAUCAAAUCAAUACAUUUACGAAUGCAUUGAAGCAAUUAAGAGAGGCAGUAAAUAUUAAACAAGUAAAUCAUGAUCAAAAUUGCAACAUCAAAUAUAGUGAUUGUGAUUCAGAGUUUCAAUUUUUAAAAUAAAGAUGUUGAGA